AUGCCAAGGAAAACGAAAAUCGUGAUUGUCGGAGCGGGUGCAGCUGGUAUCGCAGCUGCCUCGAGAUUACUGCAGAAAGGAGUCAACGAUUUUGUGAUACUGGAGGCCAACGACAGAAUCGGUGGCCGAAUAUACACCAAAGAUUUCGGUGAACAUGUGGUGGAUCUCGGAGCUCAAUGGGUUUACGGACAACACGGAAACGUGGUGUAUGAACUUGCCUCCAAAUACAAUCUGCUAAGUUCGUUUGAUCUGCUCAAUCCCACCAGAUAUGAAUUUAUUACCAUUAAUGGUGAAAUAAUGCCCAACGAGGAAAGCAUCGAAGCCAUGAUGAUUUACUUUAAUAAUAUAAAUAAAAUGAAACAAGUAGAAUUCAAAGAUGAAACGAAAUCUUUUGGAGAUUACUUUAUAAGAGAAUAUUAUAAAGCUUUCGAUGAAAAACCUUUCAUGAAUCGUUCUAAAGUUGCCAAAUAUUUAUCUUGGAUAGAAAAGAUAGAAAACUCUCUACAAUGCAGUAAUUCAUGGUUCGAUGUCUCCGCGAAACGUUUAACAGAAUUUAAGGAAUGUGAGGGUGACAUUACUUUAGGUUGGAAGAAUCGUGGUUAUAAGACAAUUUUUGAUUUAUUAUUGCAAAAAAUUCCGAACGCAGAGAAAUGCUUACCAGUGAUGGAAAAAAUAGAGUUCGGAAAAGUUGUGGUAACUAUCAAUUAUAGCUCAGGUGCGAACGUGACAGUGAUUACUAAAGACGGAUGCGAGUAUUCCGCGUUGUAUGUAAUAUUUACUGGAUCUUUGGGUGUCCUGAAGGAGAAACAUUCCACGAUGUUCGUGCCAUCCUUGUCGCAGAAGAAACAGCACGUGAUAGAGGGAUUAAAUAUUGGGACAGAAAACAAGAUUUUUCUUGAAUUUUCACAUAGAUGGUGGCCAGAGGAUAAAGUUAGCUUUAACUUUAUCUGGUCGGAAAAAGAUAAAAAGGAAUUCCUGCAAACCUAUGGUCAAGAUAGAGAAUGGCUCUGUGAUGUGUUUUCGUUUUUCACUGUGUCAUAUCAGCCAAAUCUUUUAUGCGCUUGGAUAGCUGGAAAACAUGCGAGACACAUGGAAACUUUAUCGGAUGUUGACGUAGUUGACGGAUUGUAUUUAUUGUUAAAAUCAUUUGAGAAACAUUACACUGUUAUGAAACCAAUAAGAAUGUUAAGAUCCAAAUGGUAUACCGAUGAACAUUUUCGAGGCUCGCAUAGUUUUCGAAGCAUGUUUAUCAAGCAAAUGGAUGUAAGAUCGAGAGAUCUGGCCGAGCCAAUUAUGAAUGGAAUCAAACCUGUAAUCCUUUUCGCUGGAGAAGCCACGCAUGAUCACUAUUUUGCUACUGUGCAUGGCGCUAUGGAAACUGGUUUCCGCGAAGCGGAUAGAAUAAUCGAAUUUGAAAAGCAAUUAAACUCCCAUCUCUAACUACAUCUUCUACAACUACGCCUUCGUAAUGAAUGGAUCAUGGAAAACUAAAAAUAUCUUUGCAAUUUGGAAUAUUUGCAACAAUCGAAUAUAUUUAAGGCAUGGGUAACUACGAUACUUGUUUGUAGAAUGUAAAAAAUUUGUAUAAAGUACAUUAUAUAUUGUAAUGUAAACUUUAACGUUGUAAAUUGAUGUAAAAUCUUGGAAGUACCCAGAUAGUACAUGAUAUAUUGAGAAUAUUUUGAGAAUAUUAUGAAAGUGUCACGUCUGAUAUACGUAGGAUAUACUCCACGUAUACUAUGAUAUACUCAGAUUAUACUCAGGAUAUUUCUAUGUCCGCAGCAACAUUGCUCUCAAUAUAUCAUCAAAGUAUUUUCUAUGAUAUUCUGAUAUACUCAAAUAUUCUCAGAAUAUCAUAGAAGAUAUUUUGAGGAUAUAUUGAGAACAAUGUUGCUGCGGACAUAGAAAAAUCCUGAAUAUAUUUUGAGUACAUUCCCAGAAUAUAGAACAUAGCAGCAAUGUUAAAACAUUGUAGCAACAUUACAGCAAUAUUACAAAAUUGCCACAAUGUUGCUGCAAUGUUCUGAGUUUCCUGGGAUAUAGUAUACGUGAAGUAUAGCAUCCUACAUAUAUCAGAUGUGACAUUUUUAUAAUAUUCCUAGAAUAUACUGGAUUUUUUCCUAAGAAUCCUGAAAACAUAAAAAAUUUGAUUAAUUAUUGUACAAAGUUUAUUAUGUAGGUUUUAUAAUAUUUUAUUAUACUGUAAGUCAGUUUAUAGUUUUGUGUACAAAAUUAUAUUGUACAAAUCUGCCUGUUAUUUUAUCACAAGUUAUCUAUUAAUAAUUAAGUAUUACAUAUUAUUGCUCUCCUUAAUAAUUGAAUAUUACACAUUAUUGCGUUUGAUACGAAUUUUGUACCAAGUAAAAUAUAAAAAAGUAACGAACAAAUGAAUAUAAAAUAUGCUACGCUUCAAAUAGUCUAGUAACUGGAGCUCAAAAUCGGGCAUAAUUAGAAACUAAUUCGUUCAAGUAAUUUUAUUGAUUGUUAUGGUACAUUGGACCAAAAAAAGCGGCAAAAUGCUAUUAAAUUCAGGGAUGCGUUUUCGAGAUAUAGAAAAAAAAAGGUUUUCACUAAAUUCGAAAUAUCUCGAAAACAAAGGCAAGUACGAAAAAAUUGCUAUAGAACAUUUUUGUAGGAAAUUAAAUUUUCUAUGAGAUAUGUAUUUUUAAAAAAUUAUUAGAAUUUUUAAAAAUAAAAAAAUAAGCAAAAAAUGGUGGCAAAAAAUAAUAAAAAUUUGCAAAAAAUUCUAAUUUUUACAUUUUUUUAAUAACUAAUAUUUGCCUUAAUAGAAUCGACUAUACGCUUACAAAAACUUAAAGUAUACAUUAUAACAAACAAAAUAAGCGUUAAAGUAUUUCCAUUAAUAAUUACCGAGAUAUCGAUAACGCAAGUUAAACCUUUUUACUUAGUUUUUCGCUUUUGCGAUUAGAUUUGAACAAAAAGUAUUUUCUUAUAUUGCAUACAUCUCAAAAACUAUGCAUUUUAUUAAAAAAGUACAAAACACAUUUUCUGAUUUAUACAAGACCUAUCGAGAAUUGUCGCCAGAAUUAUCAUAACUAUCCAGCACAACACAUUUUUCGAGUGUCAUGCUGAUUUCGGGCAUUUAAAGUUAUGUGCAUAAUUUUAAACGCUAGAACUCUGUUUAAAAACGAUAUCAAAGCACAGUGCUAUACGGGAUCUACCGAGAUUUGUUGACAGAACUGUCAGAACUAUCCAGCACGACACAUUUUUUCGAGUGUCGUGCUGAUUUCGGGCAUUUAAAAUUAUGUGCACAAUUUUAAACGCUAGAACUCUGUUUAAAAACAAUAUCAAAGCACAGUGCUAUACGAGAACUGUCGAGAUUUGUCGCAGGAAUUGUCAUAACUAUCCAGCACGUCACAUUUUUUCUUGUGUCGUGCUGAUUUCGCGCAUUAAAAUUAUGUGCACAAUUUUAAACGCUAGAACUCUGUUUGAAAACAAUAUCAAAGCUCUCAUUACUGUAUAUUAUCUCCUGUAUAUUUUGUAAACAAUGUUAAAUUUUCGAGAUAAUUCUAUGAUUAUGUAUAGCAACGUGUAUAAAAUCGUGAAGUGGCGAGAGAAGCGUUUCCUCUAUAAAUAGCACGUAUCCGAAUUACA